CAGGUUUUAUGAAAUUCUAUGCGCAUGCGCGACAAUAUGCACGUGUUGUCGUCUCGCUUACUUCAUCUGCAAGCAACGACUGCCGCUCAGUGCAAGAGGUUACUUCAUGCAUGCUUGCUCUUUUCCAGACGAGCCUCCUCCACCGGAGUCACUGCGAACGACUGGCUGUUUCGUCCGCUAGCAUCCGAUGUCGACAUCACUGUGCCAACCUACAUCAAAGAUCACGUCGCCUGCGAGCUCGAACGCUUCAGAGAGCAUCGCAAGCCGAAAACAACGAGUUCGGUCGUUCCAAGCGGAGUCCUCGUCCCACUAUGUGUUUGUAACGACCGCUUGUCGCUCUUGUACACGCGCCGCACCAGCAACGUGGCGUCACACCGACGACAAGUAAGUUUUCCCGGCGGAAUGUACGAAGAGGGAGAUGUCGAUCUGGUACGAACGGCGCUGAGAGAGACGGAGGAGGAAAUCGGUAUCGACCGCUCGUCCGUUGACGUGUGGGGAAACAUGCCGCGAAUGAUGGCGAGCGGUCGCAAGUCGGCCGUGCCAGUCGUUGGCUUCGUUGGCAAUGUGACGCUAGACGAGUUGAAGACGAAUAGAGACGAGGUGGAGAGCGUGUUUGCCGUGUCUCUACUGAGACUGUCUGAUCCUCUGUUGAGAGUGACGACUAAGUUCAGACAAGGGUAUGAGAUGCCCGUAUUCCUUGGCGGGCAGUACAGAGUGUGGGGACUGACGGCAAUUAUCACUGACUACUUGUUGCAUGUACUAUGCGGUGCCGAAAUAGAAAGUCGGAAUAUUCAGAGUAUGAAAUGUUGGGAUGACCGUCAGAAGUAAGCCCAAAUGGGUUGGACAUAAAGAAAUUUGUAUGAUUGGUGUGACACAUCAGAGUAUUAUUGAGUAGGAAAGCCUCAGUUAUUUAUUGAUAUCAAAAUGUUGUCUCUGAUCUUGAGUAGCUGCUGAUCCGAUAUGUAUAGAACAAGCGACUUCAUGAAUCUUGGAAUGGCAGGAUAUCUUUCCCGUUACCUCAUUACAACUUGCACUCCUUAGUUUUCAGGGUUUUCCCCAGGAUUACGGAAAGCAUGACCGAGAUGGUAGUGGCAGGACACGCCUCUUACCUACAUGUGUACCAGAGCCGUAUAGAGAGAGAGUUGCGACAAUGCAGAUUUAUGGGCGCCAUUUUGUGUCCAGCCAAUGGUAGUAAAAGUCUUGUAUAAAUUAUAAAUUGUACGAACACCGACAAAACUUGAAGUUAAUGGAACUUAUUACUAUAGGUAUGAACAACACGUUCCCUAAUCUUGAGGGACUUUACACAUACGUAGAGUAGUUUUCGACAGCGGCUCUGUAUAAUCCUGAUGACGAGAGAUAGGGUUAGAGUGCACUUGUAUUACUGCAUCCCCAAGUGCAACAGCAAGGCAUUCUGAAAGCAGUGACUAAACAAAACGACUCUUGUAUUUCUCGGAUAGUGCAAUGUACAACUGGACACAAAAUGGUGCUCAUAAUCUCACGUGACCAAAUGGUCAAGUCGCAACUCUCUCUAUAUACGGCUCUGUUGUGUACUGUACCCUCGCAUACCUAGACUAUUACAACAAGAUUCAACUGUGGGUCAAAAGUGAGUGUUGUAUUAAUUAAUUACUGCUUUCCACCCCAAGAUGGAAAAGGAGGUUAUGACAGCCUAAGACGUCUUCAGCAUGCACACACUAAGGCCAUGUAGUUAUGUAAGUACAGACUGUCAGUGUACAGUACUGUAUUAUACAAUAUUUCUGCAAAUAGUGCCCCAUGGGGCAUUAUAUUAUUUCAUAGUUCUGAAACAUGGGGCAUUAUUAUUUUGCAAUACAGGGACUGUUGUAUUGUUCGUUUGCACACCAUCACACACUCACACACACAAACAACACGAGCAAACUACCGUAAUCUAAUCUUACCUUGCAGUUGGGCAGAUGUCCCGUAUGUGGCGUGACAUGUCAUACCAGACUUCCGUUUCUCGUUUCAUACGCAAGGUUUGGUAACGGCGAAAGUAGGACAGUUAGAGUAUAGCGUAGCGAUGCAUUACGCCAAGUUUUGUCUUUCGAACGCUUAUUUGGUGCAAGUUACAAGCACAAACCAAGUGCGCUAAAGAAGACGUAAGACGGCAACUCGCACCAAUUGGGGCAGUCAUCUAAAAGUAGAAUUAACACCAGAAGGAGUCGUUGUACGGGCUUCAAACUUAGCAAUUACAUUCAACCAAUUAUAGGGAAUCACGUCAUAAUUUAUUUGCAAUUUUAGAAGCAACGUGAUCGCCGCGGCGUCCCUGACGUCACGGCUCAAUGGCAGCCUUCGAAUCUCUCAGUCGUUCCUCUUUAUCGAUCCCAACGAUACUCUCUGUUGGAGAAAAAUGAAGAAGACAGCAUAGAGAGUCUGAUCGUGUUUGAUUGGCGAGUUUCCGACCCGUAGUUGGACGUUUUCAUUUCGACCGAAAAUCGGCCGUCAAGCACACCGAGAGGAGGAUUGAGAGGAGACGUGGUUGGGAGUGCAGUUUCGUUACUCAACGGGCGUCGUCAUACUUCCGGUCGCUUUGUUGUUGGCAACGGAACGGAUGUCUGCAAGAAUGCAACCGUCGCGCUAGUUAGUAGAACGGCGUAGGUGAAUACGAGUUGUCUCUACGUACAGAAGGUCAUUGCGCACGGUCUGGUCAGAGAAGUGGUCAGGGCGUGGUCGCUGUCGAACAGAAGCUCGAAGCUGUGCGUUGUACAAGUAGAGGACGUGUUUUGUUGACAGUUAUAGUUUGUAGAUAGUGUAGAUAGAUGUGUACAGCUGGUUAUUUGUACUUUGUAAGUAGUUUUACAAUAGUUUGUGUAGCAGAGUGUUGUCUACCACAUUUUCUGAGUGCAAUUUGAUUUUCUACGGUCCCGA